UUUUUUUUUAAUUAUAAAUUAAUUACAUCUAUUAAAUAUGGUAUUCCUUUCGCGGACUAUAACUGAAAAUUACGAGACUAAAAAUAAUAAUCAGAAUGAGAACCAGAAUGAAACCUCCAUAUAUGGAACAAGUUGGGCUACUAAAGAUAUUCCCAGAUACCAAUUACCUGAAGAAGAAAUGCCAUCGAAUGUCGCUUACCAUAUGAUUAAAGAUGAAACUGCUUUGGAUGGAACACCAGCUUUGAAUCUUGCAAGUUUUGUAACUACAUAUAUGGAAGAUGAAGCCGAGAGAUUAAUGACAGAAAAUUUAUCUAAAAACUUUAUUGAUUUUGAACAAUAUCCUCAAACAGCUGAAAUUUCGAAUCGCUGCGUUAACAUUAUUGCUCGUCUUUUCAAUGCUCCAGUGGAUGGUCCAGAGUCUGAAGCUUUAGGUUGCUCUACUAUUGGAUCUUCAGAAGCACUUAUUUUAUGUAUCUUGGCUAUGAAGCGUCGAUGGCAAAUUGAAAGAAAAUCUAAAGGAUUAGCUACUGAUAAACCAAAUAUGAUUGCAGGAGCUAACUGUCAUGUUGCUUUUAAAAAAGCUAUGAAAUAUUUGGAUAUCGAACCUCGUACCGUUCCUUGCACGAGAGAAAAACUUUGUAUGGAUCCAGUAAAAGCUGUAGAAAUGGCAGAUGAAAACACAAUCGGUAUUUGUGCUAUCCUUGGUUCUACUUAUACAGGUGAAUAUGAAGAUAUUGCGGCAUUGAAUAAGAUGUUGAAAGAGAAAAACCAGAAAAAUGGCUGGGACAUUGGUAUUCAUGUUGAUGCAGCCAGUGGUGGAUUUGUAGCUCCAUUUGUUACUCCAGAUCUUGUUUGGGAUUUUCGACUUGAACUUGUUCAUUCAAUCAAUGUCUCUGGCCAUAAAUACGGUCUGACGUAUCCGGGAGUUGGGUGGGCUUUAUGGAGAGGAAAUCAAUAUUUACCUGAAGAUCUAAUUUUUAAUGUAAAUUAUCUUGGAUCUGAGCAGGCAACUUUCACCUUAAACUUUAGUAAAGAUGCUUCUAAUGUUAUUGCUCAAUACUAUGUCCUUAUUCGAUUGGGCAGAACUGGGUUUACUCAUAUUAUGAAAAACCUGGUAAGCAAUGCUGAAUAUUUAGCUAAUAAAUUGGAAGAAACUGGAAGAUUUGAAAUUUUAAGUGCAAGAAACGGAAAAGGCGUUCCACUUGUGGCUUUUCAUCUUAAAGAAGAAAAAUUAUAUGAUGAGUUUGACGUUUCUGCUAAAUUACGUGAGCAUGGAUGGAUUGUGCCUGCUUAUACAAUGGCCCCCAAUAUGGAUCAUCUAAAGCUCCUUCGUGUUGUUGUUCGUGAAGACUUUUCACAUAAUCGAUGUGAAAUUUUGCUUCGUGAUAUCCAAGCAACUCUGGCCUCUUUAGAUCAAUGGGAUGAAAAAUCCGCGGAAUAUUAUCGUAAAUUUCGUUCAGCUACUGAAAAGCACAAGCAACAGCAUCGUCGUGCCAAUUAUCAAACUAAACAUAAAGAUCCUGAGAAGAAACGUAAUGCUCCUGGAGCUUGCUAA